GCCGCCGCCGCUGCCGGACGCGCAGAGCGGAGGGGCCGCCGGGCCGACUGCUGCCGGCCGGGUGAACACGGGUCGCGGUGCGGAGGGCGUCCCCGGCGGCGACGCGGCUCGCGUCGGGGUUUUUGAAGAGCGCCUGGUUCGCAGGCUGUGUGUGCCCAGACCCCACAGCACCCCUGCACCACCAUGACUGGGCUGCUGAAGAGGAAGUUUGACCAGCUGGAUGAGGACGACUCCUCGCUCUGCUCGUUCUCUUCUUUGUCCUCGUCGGGCCACCGCUCUCUCUCCUGCUCCCCAAGCUCUUCCGUGUCCCCAGCCUGGGACUUGGAAGAGGAAGGCCCCUGGGAUCAGAUGCCCCUGCCUGACCGUGACUUCUGUGGCCCCCAAAGUUUCACCCCCCUUUCUAUCCUGAAGCGGGCUCCCCGGAAGCGCCCAGGCCGCGUAGCCUUCGAUGGCAUCACUGUCUUCUACUUUCCUCGGUGCCAGGGCUUCACCAGCGUGCCCAGCCGUGGUGGCUGCACUCUAGGUAUGGCCCCUCGCCACAGUGCCUGCCGCCGCUUCUCCUUGGCCGAGUUUACCCAGGAGCGAGCCCGGGCACGGCGCGAGAAGUUCCGCCUACGCUUGAAGGAGGAGAAGCUGGAGGUGCUUCGAUGUAAGCUUGCAGAGUCUGGGGUACCUGAGACGGAGGCUGGCCUGCCACUGACAGUAGACACUAUUGAUGACGCCUCUGUAGAAGAGGAGUUGGCAGCGGCUGUGGCCGGUGGCCAGUUGGAAGAAAUGACCUUCCUACAGCCCUACCCAGCCCGGAAGCGGCGGGCCCUGCUACGGGCUGCUGGUGUACGGAGGAUCGAUCGGGAGGAGAAGCGGGAGCUGCAGGCUCUGCGUCAAUCCCGAGAGGAUUGUGGCUGUCGCUGCGAUAGGGUCUGUGACCCUGAGACCUGCAGCUGCAGCCUGGCGGGCAUCAAGUGCCAGAUGGAUCACACGGCAUUCCCCUGUGGCUGCUGCAAGGAGGGCUGUGAGAACCCCAAGGGCCGUGUGGAAUUUAAUCAGGCGCGGGUUCAGACCCAUUUCAUCCACACGCUCACCCGUCUGCAGCUGGAGCAGGGGGCUGAGAGCCUUGGGGAGCUGGAGGCCCCUGCCCAGGGCGGUCCACCCAGCCCUGGCGAGCAGGUCCUGGCCCCUCCUUUCCCACUGGCCAACUCCCCUAUGAGCAGUGAGCUGGGAGACCACAGCUGCAGCAGCGACAUGACUGAUGGCUCCACAGCGUCGGGCGCUAGCGAGGCCCCCGACAGCCCUGCCCACCCGGCCCUGCCUGGCCCUGGCUUCCAGCCGGCUGUGGAUGACGACAGCCUGGAGCGGAUCCUGAGUUUCAGUGACUCUGACCUGGGUGGAGAGGAGGAGGAAGAGGAGGAAGGGGGUGUGGGGAGCCUCGACAACCUCAGCUGCUUCCACCUAGCUGAUAUCUUCGGUACUGGUGACCCCGGCGGCCUGGCUAGCUGGACCCACAACUAUUCCAGCUCUAGCUUCACAUCAGGCAUUCUGGAUGAAAAUGCCAACCUGGAUGCCAGCUGCUUCCUAAACGGUAGCCUUGAAGGGUUGGGAGAAGGCGGCCUCCCUGGCCCCUCAGUACCGCCCAGCAUGGACGCCGGCCAGAGCAGCUCAGUGGACCUCAGCUUGUCUUCCUGCGACUCCUUUGAGCUGCUCCAGGCCCUGCCAGACUAUAGUCUGGGGCCUCACUACACCUCUCGGAAGGUAUCCGACAGCCUGGACAACUUCGAGGCACCCCACUUUCCCUUUCCUGCUUUUUCUCCACCUGCGGACGCCAGUGUUUGCUUCCUGGAGUCCAUCAUGGGCUUGUCCGAACCAGCUGCCGAGGGCCUGGCUCCCUUCAUGGACAGCCAGCUGUUUGAGGACACCGCCCCAGCCUCUCUGGUGGAGCCUGUGCCUGUGUGAGGACUAGGGUGCCUUUUCCCGGCCCCAAGAGCCCUGUUGCUGCUGUAUUAUAAUUUGGGGGCUCCCCAGGGUCUG